GUUGAAAAUGUCUGUGUAAUGUAGAUAAAUGUGAGGGAUUUUCUCUCUAAAUCCGUCUCCUGUUCGCUAAAUCUCACUUCUCCAAAACGAGCCUGCGCAAUGGAACAAAGUGGGAAUAUUGAGAUGUGACAUUGCAUCGCAUCUCAUCCUCUUUCUUUCCUCCUCGGCCCCGUUUUUUAAUGACUUCAAACAAGUUCAUUCUCGCCGGGCUUUUGACUUGCGGAGACCCGUGGCCGUGGGGAUGUCCAUCUCUGCUCCGUCCUUCCAGUGGCAUUUCUGGGAUGUUCUCAAGAGUGCGAUGUGCUGUAUCUCCUGUAGCCACACCCUCUCACUACUGCUGUGCGUCCUCACCCUGACUCAGGCGGCAGCAGGGGCGGGCCCGGAGACCCUGUGCGGGGCGGAGCUGGUCGACACGCUGCAGUUUGUGUGUGGAGAGAGAGGCUUUUAUUUCAGCAAACCAACAGGCUAUGGCCCUAACUCACGGCGGUCUCGUGGCAUCGUGGACGAGUGCUGCUUCCAAAGCUGUGAGCUGCGGCGCCUGGAGAUGUACUGCGCGCCAGCCAAGACUGGCAAAGCAGCUCGUUCUGUGCGCGCACAGCGCCACACGGACCUCCCCAGAGCACCAAAGGUCAGCACCCCAGGGCACAAGGCGGACAAAGGCCAGGAGCGCAGGACAGCGCAGCAGCCAGAAAAGACAAAAAACAAGAAGAGACCUUUACCUGGACAUAGUCACUCGUCCUUUAAGGAAGUGCAUCAGAAAAACUCCAGUCGAGGCAACAGCGGGGGCAGAAAUUACAGAAUGUAGGAAAGGUGCAAAUGGACAAAUGCCCAGUGACUGGGGUGGAGUGAAGGGAGUGGCCUUACCUGGUAUCCCUGUGGAACGGUUCACUGUAAAC